GACCGACAACUUUUGGCCACUUAAAAGCACCUGGCGCUUACCGUAAAAAUCCGUAUAUAGACGUAAUCAGGUUUAGAACGCGGAUUCGUUCCGAGGUUCUUGUAAUUAUAAUUUUGUGUAAAUGUCGUAAUCUCAACUGUCAUGUCAACUUUGGGACACUGGGGGAAUUUGAUAUACCGUACUUUAACGGUAACGUUUAAGUUUCUUAAUAAUACACCACCAGUCCCGGUGCAACCAGUGUGCAAACUUUCUAAUGACUUCCGCCUGGUCACGUGACUACAGUGUCUCCAUCAUGGCGCCGCUCUUGGUCCCGCUCCGGUGCGGGGUCCGCAUUCAGAGACUAAACUUAGCUCUCCUACUUCAGAGGUCUAGCUCUUAUCACGCCUGGAGUUACAACAAUAAGAGCGGUCCUGGGGAAUUUAAAAGGAGACAUAGGAGCACGUAUGAGGGUCUUAAUCCAUCAUCAACAUGGACAUCCAGUCGAAGAGAUACCAAUCGACAAAUGCUGGAUGCCAUCAAACUUUUAAAGAUACCAGAGAGAACAUGCUGGCACGGUCAUGCAGGGGGAGGCCUGAGUGCAGAUCCCAAAAAUGUGCUAAAGGAGGUGGACUCUACCAAGAUCCUAUCAGCCAUGCUUGCAUAUGUUUGGCCUAAGGAUCGACCAGACCUGAGAGCUCGAGUGGCCAUCUCCCUCGGCUUGCUUGCCGGAGCUAAGCUUACGAAUGUGAUGGUGCCCUUCAUGUUUAAAUAUGCAGUAGAUGGCCUGAACCAGAUGUCGGGACACAUGUUGAACCUCAACGACGCACCAAACACGGUAGCCACCAUGGCAACGGCCAUCCUCAUUGGCUAUGGUUUGUCCCGAGCUGGUUCAGCACUCUUCAACGAGCUCCGCAAUGCCGUCUUCGGCAAGGUAGCCCAGAGCUCCAUCCGGCGCAUCGCCAAGAAUGUCUUCCUGCACCUACAUAACUUGGACCUGGGGUUUCACCUGAGCCGGCAGACAGGUGCGCUGUCUAAGGCUAUCGACAGAGGCACACGUGGCAUCAGCUUCGUGCUCAGCGCCCUCGUCUUCAAUCUUGGACCCACAGCUUUUGAGAUGGCACUUGUCAGCGCCAUCCUGUAUUAUAAAUGCGGCGGUCAUUUUGCUCUCGUCACUCUGGGGACCUUAUCAGCGUACACGCUGUUCACCAUCGCAGUUACACAAUGGAGGACCCAGUUCAGGAUAGCGAUGAACAGGGCAGAUAACGAAGCGGGCAAUGCAGCCAUCGACUCUCUCCUUAAUUACGAGACAGUAAAGUACUUCAACAAUGAGAAAUAUGAAGCAGAGAGAUACGACAGUUUCCUCAAAGUCUAUGAAUCCUCCUCACUGAAGACUACCUCGACCCUGGCCAUGCUAAACUUCGGACAGAGCGCAAUUUUCAGCGUCGGUCUCACGGCUAUCAUGGUGCUGGCUAGCAAGGGCAUCAUUGCAGGGACCAUGACUGUGGGAGAUCUGGUGAUGGUUAACGGGCUCCUCUUUCAGCUUUCAAUGCCCCUCAACUUCCUGGGCACUGUGUACAGAGAGACUAGGCAGGCUCUUAUCGACAUGAACACACUCUUCACUCUGCUUAGUGUGGACACCAAGAUUAAGGAGAGAGACCUGGCCCCCCCACUGCUCGUUACCCCACAGGACGCCUCAAUCCGUUUCGAGGACGUCUACUUUGAGUAUCUGGAGGGACAAAAGGUCCUCAACGGGGUUUCCUUCGAAGUACCUGUAGGGAAAAAAGUGGCCAUUGUUGGCGGGAGUGGAUCUGGGAAAAGUACCAUCGUGCGCUUGCUGUUUCGGUUCUAUGAACCCCAGCAAGGUAACAUCUAUAUCGCAGGCCAGAACAUCCGAGAUGUCAGUCUGGAGAGUUUAAGAAAAGCUUUGGGCGUAGUGCCUCAGGAUGCAGUUCUCUUUCACAACACCAUCUUCUACAACCUGCAGUAUGGCAACAUCAACGCAUCACCUGAGGAAGUAUAUAGUGUAGCUAAGCUUGCUGGCAUCCAUGACGCCAUCCUGAAAAUGCCUCAUGGAUACGAGACGCAGGUCGGAGAGCGAGGAUUGAAACUCUCAGGUGGAGAGAAACAGCGUGUAGCCAUCGCCAGGGCGAUCCUCAAGAACCCGCCUAUCCUGCUCUAUGACGAAGCAACUUCCUCCCUCGACUCAAUUACCGAAGAGAACAUUUUGAGCUCCAUGAAAGAAAUGGUAACUGACAGAACAUCUGUCUUCAUUGCCCACCGGCUGUCCACCAUUGUGGAUGCAGAUGAGAUUAUUGUGCUGAAUCAGGGUAAGGUGGCAGAGCGAGGCGAUCACCACACGCUCCUGAGCACUCCCGGCAGCCUUUACGCAGAUCUGUGGCACACGCAGAACAACAAAGUGCUUAACCACAACGCAGACAAGGCGCAGUCCGCUCCAGCCGAGAGCGUCUCGCAGAAGGAGGAGGAGCGCAGGAAGCUGCAGGAGGAGAUCCUCAACAGUGUCAAGGGCUGCGGCAACUGUUCCUGCUGAGACACACACAUACAAGUUGUUUCUUUGUGCAGUCAGACUUAGUGAGGUGCACGUAAAAAUCUACCUAUGACAAAGUUUCUCUGAUCACAUACUUGAGUUUAGUCUGAUCUCAGCAGUGUUAAUAACUGCCCACUGUAGGUUCAGAUGGUCUCCUGGGUUUGGUGGGGUAUUCUGUCAUCUUUCCUAUGUGCACUAUCAAUGUCUUUCAUUUAUAGAACAUUAUAUAAGUGCUCGUGGAAAAACCUUUUUAUCACAGAUGUGUACAUAUCAGUAUAAAGUGAUGGGUUUGGGCAAGGGAGAAGAUUUGCGUCACGCAGAUGCACAAGUAUCUUUAUGCUUGUUUUGUAAGUGAAAUACUGAUUGGGAAGUGAUAGGAAAAUUUUUAAUAUAAACAUUGAGUUUCUUGUUAUUUCCGACACUUGAACCCCCCAUUUAUUUAGACCAGAAAUAUAAUGGAAGUUCACAAACAUAAUCUCAAAGGAAAUUUCAUAAAAUUUGAUAGGUUAUUUAAGAAGACAUAAUGAUUUUCACAUUCCUCGCUGCACUUCGAGAGCAGAAAUGUCCCCAGCCUUGAUUUGCUCAUUGUGACCAGAAUUCAGCAUAAUGAGUAGUUAUUUAGUCGUCCUGGGUUUAUAUGUAGAUUGAUUGAAAAUAUUGUCAAAAAAAGCAAUAAAUAUGUAAUUUAACUCCAAAUCAGCUUUCUGGAGUGGACAGCUUUAUAGUCAUGCUUCAUGGAAUGACAUUCUGGUGGUCGAAAGUACACAUUUAUUAUUAUUAUGAAAAAACUUGUGUUUGCGCUAAUUGUUUUGCUAUGAUAAAUGUGUCACUCGAGCUUAUGAUUGAUGUCUGAAUAGCAUCGAAGGUCUAAUUUCUAAGCUGUUGGUUCGUGUGUAGGUGUGGAGCAAGAUAAUAUUAGACCAGCUGUUCAUGACUAAAUCUAAUUUAGCACAUGUUCAGGAUUCCAUAUGUUCAUGGAGCAACGAUACUGCAAUUAACGUCAUUGGAUUUCAUAAAGGAGAAAAUAUGAUAGGACCUGAAACUGUAUUUGUAAAUGAAACCCCUCCACAAAUGUUUUGGGAUGAAACAAAAGAGCUGCUAAUGCUUAUCUUGCCUUUUAAUUAGACCUUAAUGUUAUUUUACAUAAUGUAUGUUGGCAAGUAAAGGAGACACAAAAAAAUCUGAA